AAGAACAAAAGCUAUGAAAGAAGCUGGUGUCACUAAUAUUGUUGAUAUUAAGAAGUGUAAAGGAAUGAAAAGGCAUUGGAUGCCAACUGAAAUUUGGGAUGCUUUGAUUGAUACAAUUUGGAGUACAGAGAGUUGGCAAAACAAAUCCAAGAAAGCAUUGGCUAAUCGUUUAACUGAAAAAGAAGGAAGUAUCACGAAACACACUAGCGGUUCUCGUUCAUUUCUUGCUACUCAAAAGCUAAUGGAAGAAGAGCUUCAACGACCAAUACAAUAUCCAGAAUUAUUUGAGAGAACUCAUAAACGGUCAAAAGGAAGUGGUGAUUUUGUAGAUAAUAAAUCCAAAGUUGUUAGUGAUAAAUAUCAAUCUGUAUUAUCCGAAAAAUAUGGUGAUAAUACUUCUGAUCAUCCUGAGUUUGAUCUAGAAGCAAGGACAUCAUCAAUUGGAGGAAAGUUAGCUACACGCAUGCAUGUAUAUGGGUUUAGCACCAUGGUCAAUUCUAAAACAUUAUUUGAUGUUACUUCUAGUGCAGCUGUAUACACAACAAAUUCAAUUUCUGGUCCAUCUACUAGUACUCCACAUAUGGAUGUUUCUCUUAAUGAUGAUAGAAUUGUGAGUCUAGAGUAGAAGCUUGAAUUAUUGACUGAUGAUGUGAGUCAAGUGAAGAAUGCUGUAGGUGACAUAAGCAACUUAAAAAAUCAAUUUCAGAUUAAGAUGAGUUUCAUGAUCGAGAAAUUUGGAUCAAAUAUUCCUCCACCAACAAGUAAAUGAUUUUAGAGGAAGAUAUUGGGGCAAGAAGAGAGCAACAAAAAAAAACUCAAGGAAGACAAUGGCCAAGAAGAGGGAACAAAGAAAAUUAAGGUAAUUCAAUGUAUGUUCAUGAUGAAUUCUUGUUUCACUUUGUUUGUUGGUGACAAUUGUAUUAAUGGAUUAGAGAAUUGUUGACGAUGGAUUUUUGGUUGUGAUGGAAUGUUGGA